AACUUACGAAGAGUUUUCGGUUUUCUUGCGAAUUGAUAACUUGAAUAAUAAUAGAUUAUUUUACUUUGGAAUUUACAUUGAUAGAUAGGCAAUGUCGUCAGAAGAUGAAACUAUUCAGGAAAAAAAGAGUAAAAAGCUUAAGAAAGCUAAAAAGAAGAAGAUAGUUGAAGAGGAACACGAAGAAGAAAUAGUUGAGAAGAAGAAGAAGAAGAAAAAGAAACAAAAAGCAGAAGAGGCUGAAGAGGCUCCUGAGGUUAAAAAGAGGCGAGUAGAGGAGUCUGAUGAAGAGGAGAAAAAGAAAAAGAAAAAAAAAAAGAAGAAACAAAAGGUGAAAGAAGAAAUUGAAAGUGACGAUCAUGAAGAAGUGGAGAAGGAGCGUAAGAAAAAGAAAACCAGAGAUCGCGAUUCAAAGUUAAAGAAAUCAAAGGAUGAUAAUACAAGUCAGGAAGUGACUGAAAAACAAGGUCAUAAGAAAUCGAAGAAGGGUGAAAAGGAAACUGUCAAGAAAGAAGAAAAUAAUUCGGAAAGUGACGAUAGUAAGUUGGAAACAACAGGCCAAUGGUCAACAGUUAACUUCUCAGGAGAUGGAGAUCGGCAAAAGAAAUUCUUUAGAUUAAUGGGAGGUAUGAAGAGCAAAGCAAAAUCAGAUGAGAAGGAAUGUGCGAUAAAAGCUUUGGAUUCUUCAAAGGAAAAAAGUUUAAAUGAAGGCUUAGAGGAGCAAUACAAUAAAGCUAUGGCAUUUAGAUUAUCGGGAACUAAAGGCCAAGGUUUAGGAUUUUCGCAAGUUACCUAUGAAAAUGCUCAUAAGCUAUUUGAUAUCUAAAUCUCCAUAGGUGUAUAUAAUAAUUGUUUUGUUAAGUUAACGUUCCCAGGCUUGUUUUUUUGUCAAAAGUUUACAUCAAGUAAAUUUUCAUAUAGUUAAUAGAAGUUCGUAAGAUAAUAAAAGAAAUUUAAAGCUGGCUAAUUUACAAUUUUAAGAAAGAAGUGUCAUUACCUUCUUCAAUUAUUUUCUUAAGAAUGACGAAAUCACGUGACUUUUAUUUUUGGCGGGAUGAUUGCUGUUGUACCUUAAGUUGGCUAGUUUUUGUUGGGAUUGUUUUUCCUUUAAAUAUUCAACCAAUUUUAGUUGAUUCUUAGAGUAGAUGAGAAUUUCAUGAUUAAAUAGGGUAUAUCUUUUCAAGCAUUUAAGUGAGUAGAAAUGGAUAUGAGCGAUAAUGGAGCGAAACUAAAUCAGCUGGAAUAUAAACUUCUUUGCAGCUGUUCUCAUCGUAUGUAUAAUGUGGAUGAGAAAUCAUGUAAAAGUAUAUCCAAGGUGGAGCUUAAUAAUAAUUUCUAUGAUAUUUGGCUUCAAUCAAACUUUCCUGAAAUGAAGACUUUAUCACCGAAAUGCUUAUCAGACUUUGUAAUACAGAUGAUGAUUAUAAAUCCAUGGACAUCAUUAGAUGUAUUAACAAGCCUCACAAAGGAUACUGAAAUCUGUAGAAAGUUUGUAGAACUAAUUGAGAAUCGAGUAUAUCAAAGAGUAUUAAUAAAAUGCGGAAAUGUUGACAUUGAUGAUAUUGGAACACUGUAUAGAAUAGCUGAAAUUUUAUUAUAUACCCUAAAUCAAAGAAAAAAUGAAUUUGAAGAAUGUCUGCAUGAAUUUUUUCAAGAAUGUUCAAAUUUGGUAAAUAACCUUUUUUUCUAUAUACUAAUAUAUUAAUAUUUAUGUUGUGCUGCUGAGUGUCAGCUUUGCUAUACACUUAAGAACUUUAACACUACCGCUCCUACUCGAACCUUUACACAACAUGCUUAAAUUAAAUUGUAGUUUAUUAGAAAGUAUGUUACAAGUUCGAUAGCAGAAUAUUCGAGAAGUGGAUUAGAUAGUUUGUAACAGCACUGGUUGCUAAUUGACAAAGUAACAGCCAAUGAGGAAAAGAAAAAGUUCUCUAGGUUAAGUGGGUAGCUUGAGAGGUCGUUUUGUUCCUGAGCAAUCUCUGAUUAUUCUGGAUAAACUUGUUUAGUUAAAUACUCUUUGGCCAAUUACCUAUUUCCAAUUAUCACUUUGAAGUUGUUGAAGAGUCUGGUAGAUGUUUUUCUUCAGCAACAGAAUGUACAGAGUCUGAAAGGCCAAUGUUCAAUUUUGAUGGGAAAUAAUUCACACACGACAGGCGGUUGUUACAUGUCUUGAUUUAAAUUGUAUUUCUAACGAAGUUAUUUUGGCGAGUACAUUGAUAGUAACAGAUAAAUUAAGUGCUGAUGAGCAGGAUUCGACAAAUAUAAAGAUUGUGAGAUGGUUAAUUAAACAGAAAAAACAUAAUCUCUUUCAAAUAAGGCCUGCAAUAGCAAUCAAAUUAAUUUCAUCAAGCGAAACCUUUGCAAAUAGAUUUUUUUACAUACUGGAAAAAAUAAGUCAUUCUUUUAUAUUCAAUCCUGAAAAGCAUAUAUGGGAAAAUUCUAAUGGACUUCGAGAUUAUAUUCUGUUAAUAAAACAUCUUAUUACAAUGAUUAAUAAUGGUAACCCUGAAAUUACUCUUUCCGUAAGAAGAUUUAUAUUUGAUUUAUCUCAUGCCGGUAAUAUUUGGUUUUCUAUCAAAAGAAUGCUUUUCAUCUGACCGUACUAGAAACUGUUGAAAAAAGUGAAAUCUAUUAUUGCGAAAUCGAAUAGUACCCAAUUUUUUAAAAGUGAUUUAUAUAUAUUGUAUAUAUAUUCUAUAUUAUUAUAGUAUCUAUAUGGCUAUAUUCUAUGCAAUGUGAAGGUUUAAAUAUUUUAUGUCAUCUAUUCCAUAUUUUUAAUCAAUAAACUGAUUCUUGAAAAGAGUGACUGACUGUGAGUAAUCC